AUUGAAAAAAUAAAAAUAAAAGAGAGGCAGAGAGAACGGAGGAGUUUUUCGCUCCAAGCAACCAGAUUGAAAGCUUCCAUCAGUUCAUCCCCGACAUUCGGUCUUCGCUCGCAUCUGGGCAUAACGGACUUUUGACCCCAUCGCUUCUCAACGAUGUCCAUGGACGCCUCCAACGCCGCCCGAGUUCAGGCGAUUGGUCAAACCGAGAUCAAUUGGGACAAGCUAGAUAAAACUAAGUUUUAUGUUGUAGGAGCUGGCCUCUUCACGGGGGUUACAGUGGCAUUAUACCCGGUUUCCGUCGUUAAAACGAGGCUGCAGGUUGCUACAAAGGAUACUCUUGAGAGGGACGCGCUUGCAGUCCUCAGAGGUAUAUUGAAGACAGAUGGGGUUCCUGGCCUGUACAGAGGAUUUGGAACUGUCAUUACUGGUGCAAUUCCUGCGAGGAUUAUUUUCCUCACUGCUUUAGAGACUACAAAGGUUGCCACUUUCAAGAUGGUUGAAACUAUGAAAUUAGCUGAGCCUACCCAAGCGGCCAUAGCGAACGGUCUUGCUGGCAUGACUGCAUCAGUCUUUUCUCAGGCCGUGUUUGUUCCAAUUGACGUGGUCAGUCAAAAGCUGAUGGUUCAGGGAUACUCAGGCCAUGCAAGGUAUAGUGGAGGUUUGGACGUUGUUCGCAAGGUGUUGCAAUCUGAUGGCAUCAGGGGGUUGUAUAGAGGGUUUGGUCUCUCUGUUAUGACUUACGCACCAUCAAGUGCUGUUUGGUGGGCAAGUUAUGGUUCAAGCCAGCGUGUUAUUUGGAGGCUUCUAGGUCAUGGGCCAGGGCUUCAGGAAGCUCCUCCAAGUAAUUGGACGAUAAUGUCAGUUCAAGCUGCUGGAGGAAUCAUUGCAGGUGCGACAGCUUCCUGCAUCACCACCCCAUUAGACACCGUCAAAACUCGCUUACAGGUGAUGGGGCUUGAGAAGAGAACAUCUGUUAGGAAGGUUGUGAGAAACUUGAUAGCAGAGGAUGGUUGGACGGGUCUAUAUAGAGGAUUGGGUCCUAGAUUUUUCAGUAUGUCGGCAUGGGGAACCUCAAUGAUAUUGACAUAUGAAUAUCUGAAGCGCUUGUGUGCAAAAGAUGAAUAGGCUUGGUGCUGUUCUGACUUAGAAACUGUACUUGUGUAUUGAGACCGUCCCCGCAGGUCACACUGGACUCUCUUCGGUAUGAUCCUCUAAAUCUUUCAUGACUAGAACAUGAGUAGCUUGCGAGAAAUAGGAAGACAAACAACACAUCCUUUAAGUGAGGGUUCAAUUCUUCUCGAUCUACAUCAAUUGGUUGUAUUCUUUGUGAAUGCCUAGAUGUCUGGCUGAGAUUCUUUAACAUAGCCAUUUCUUUUCUUUUCAUUUUUCAAUUUGUUAUCAUCAACAAUAAUACACUGUAGCAUUCCCCUAUCCUGCUUGCUUCACACUGUAAGUAUAUUCUUAAAGCAGCAACACAGAUGGUUUCUCUAAAUUGGGUCUCCUCUGUCCUUUAUAUGUAGACUAAUGACUAAAUUUUGUAUCACACGUCUUUUCUUCGUAGAGCUUAUAUACACGGUUACUUGACUUUUCAU